AUGUUGUUCACUGUUAUUGGUUAUGUAUUUAUGGGUUGUGAAAUAAAAUUUAAGUUUCAAUCACUUGUUGCAGGUUUACUGGUGGGUCCAAUUGCUGCUCUGAUAGUGAUAAUAGGGAAUGUUGGAGUGAUUUUGGGUCUCUUCCCAGCACAUGUUGUCUGGACAGUAUAUACCCUUGUCAAGACCGAUAGGUUUGAUGGACCACUUAAAGUAGCUCUCCUUUUUGCUUUGCCUGCUUUAUUUGGUAUUUGGUUGGGUCUAAGCAUAGCUGGUAGUGUUCUUGUGGGAGUGGGAUAUGGGUUCUUCAGUCCCUGGAUUUCAACUUUUGAGGCCUUCAGACAUGGCAAUGAAUCCAAGAAGUUCUUCCACUGCAUUGUGGAUGGAACCUUGGGAACUAUCAAAGAUAGCUGCACUGUGGUUCGAGAUUUCGCUGAUAUUUGCUAUCAUUCUUACCCGCUCUACUUGAAAGAGCUACGUGAAUCCCCCAGUUCAAAUGAGGUUCAACCUCUUAGGUUCAUUCAUGUGCCGGGGUGUAUCAUUGUUGGGUUGAUGGGGCUCAUUGUGGAAAUUCCUAUUUACACAGCUAUUGCCAUUUUGAAAAGUCCAUACAUGCUAUUUAAGGGUUGGCAACGACUGAUACAUGAUCUUAUAAGCCGAGAAGGCCCAUUCCUAGAAACGGCUUGUAUCCCUAUUGCUGGUUUAACAAUACUUAUGUGGCCACUGAUCGUUGUUGGGAGCAUAAUACUGGCUGUUUUCUCAAGUUUUUUCAUAGGAUUGUAUGGAUCAAUAGUAGUAUAUCAGGAAAGGUCUUUCCAGAGAGGUCUUAAAUAUGUAAUCGCAAUGGUUGCAGAAUUUGAUGAGUACACAAACGAUUGGCUUUAUCUUCGAGAAGGAUCUAUCCUCCCAAAACCGCGUUACAGAAAGAAAAAAGUCUCUCACUCAUCAGAGCUUUCUGUUGGAGGACAUCAUCCAAGACAGGGGCAAGUCGGCUCUAUUUUUACAGAAGCACCUGCCAUUCUUAUGCCAGCCUUAUCAUCAUCGAGAUCGGUUAGGGAGCAAAUCCAAGAAGUGAAAAUGGUUCAGGUAUGGGGAAGCAUGAUGAGGUCAUGUGAAAUGAGAGGCAAGGAAUUAUUGGAUGCCAAUGCAAUAGCACCAAGUGACCUCUAUGAUUGGUUGAAAGCAAAGAAUGGUAAUGAAGCACCCAUUGUUGGCAUUGGAUUGCCUUGUUACUCAUUAUUGCAAACUUUCCUUCACUCCAUUAAAGUUGGAUCAGAUGGUUUAUUGCUGAUCGAUAAUCUUGAGAUCACCCAUUUGAAUAGACCCCAUGACAUACUUUUGGACUGGUUCUUUCAACCGUUGAUGGUCCUCAAGGAACAGAUCAAGGUCAUCGAAUUGGGAGAGGGUGAAACAAGGUUCUUGGAAAAAGUAGUUCUUCUGGGAAGUAAUACUCAACGCAUGAAGGGUUGGGGUAAUGGCUGUUUUGCACCCCAGGAUGCUCUUAGAAUGGCUCAAAUUGAGGGUAUUAGUAGACGGAUGGUGGGAAUUGCCAGAAGUGUAUCGAAAUUCCCUACUUACAGAAGGAAAUUUCGACAUGUUGUGAAGGCCUUAAUAAUAUAUUCCAUAACAAAGGAGGAAUCAAUCAAAUCGGUUUCUAAUUCUGUAGCAAAGGAGGGAUCCACGAGAUCCAUGUCUAUGAGAUCAGUUGCUUCUGUUGAAGAAGUUUAAAAACUGCUCUAACUUAGUAUCAGGGUUACACAAAUAUUUGUAUAUUGUAUUGAACCCUCCAGGAUAUA